GCCAUAUUAUGGGCUGUUAGAGGUGAAAUGGCGCUCGGCGCGGUAUUUUAAACAAUCCUAUUCGAUUCCGAAGCCAACUGUGGAAAAUGUCGCUGCGCCGAGGCGGACUCACGGGUGCCUGAAUGAAGCAAAAAGCGCGUCCAUAGUUCCAGAACUCGGCUGUGACAGAGAUUUGGCUGCAGUGAGCAGUUGGCUGUCCAGCCCCAGUGUUUACGGGCUUUAGGGAUUAAAACUAAACGAGUGACUGUGUGUGUGAAAACAUGGACGUGGUGUCUCCUGACCUGAACAGCAUCCUCCCCGAUGAGAUCAUGGACACCGAGGCCAUGGAGGAGGACCCCCCUGGCGAGACCUCGACCCCAUCCUCCCGCUUGGCCCCUGAGCCGGCUCAGGUUCCUAUGGAAACGGAGGUGCCUGAAAUGGUCAGUUUGUGUCCCGCUACCACACCGACGCAGAAGACGGAAGCUCUGACUACAACAGACUCGACGCUGUGCAGCAUCAGCACCGGGACUCAGCUCGUCAUCACCUCUGCUUCCUCCUCCGGCUCCAAGAUGGCUACCACUGUGACCACCACGCUGCCCAGCAGUCCAGUAGUAGGUCAGAGUGUCGCUAAGCUCUCUGCCCCAUUUACACCAACCAGCCCAGCCAACCACCAACUCAUCAUCAACAAAGUGGCUGCAGACGGCAAGUCUCCUGGUACCACAGUACUCAAACAGGAAGGACAGAAACUCCUGGUCACAGGUCUGAGUAAAGCGGGCCAGCCGAUUGUCCUGGCACUCCCGAACACAUGGAGCAAACCAGCCACAUCUCAGGGCACAGGGGGUGAUGUGAAACCUCAGCCCACGCAGUUCAAAGUGAUGUCAGCAGGAGCUAAGCCUGUGAUUGGAGUACAAGCUGUGAGCUCGGCCAAUCAGCUACUGGGAUCCUCCUCUCCUCUACAGGCCCAGCAACUCAAAACUGUACAGAUUACGAAAAAGACCCCAGUCUCCACCGCAGGGCCGAUGAUCACCAAGCUGAUCAUCACGAAAGCUCUGAACAACAAGGGACUGACGAGCCAAGCCACCGUCACUCCUGUGGUCACAGGACGGGUUCUGACCCAGAGUACACCAAUGACCCCUCCACGGACCAUCACCAUUGGAGAGACCAUCAGCACAAUGCCUCAGAGUCUCCCCUCCAGCAGCAGCAGCAAAGUGGCCAUUUCUCCUCUGAAAUCUCCCAGCAAGGGAACUGUGGCAACUCAGCCUCCAAACUCUCCCCAGAAACCUGUGGCUGUGCCUCUGAACAUGGCUCUGAGUCAGCAGAUACUCACUGUGCAGCAGACACCUCCUUCACCAGCUAAAGCAGGAAGCAGUCAGUCCACUGCCCAGACAGUGAAACCGGUGCAAACUGUGGCAGUGGGCGGAGUUAACACACCUCAGUUUAAGACUAUCAUCCCCUUGACCACACCCCCAAAUGUUCAGCAGAUCCAGGUCCCUGGCAGCCGCUUCCAUUAUGUCCGCCUGGUGACGGCCACUACUGGGAGCACGGCCCAGACGGCCAGCGCUAGCACGACCAGCAACCCCACCACCAUCCAGCCUGCCAAGCCCAUGGUGAUGAACCCGGCUGCAGUGAGGAUGUCCGUUCCCAUCGUUCCAGCUCAGACUGUCAAGCAGGUGGUGCCGAAGCCGAUGACCUCAGCAGCUCAGGUGGUGAGCAGCAGCCAGACGCAGCAGAGGCUCAUCAUGCCGGCUGCGCCGCUCCCUCAGAUCCAACCCAACCUAACCAACCUUCCCCCGGGCACCGUGCUCGCUCCAGCUCCGGGGUCAGGGAACAUGGGCUAUGCUGUGCUGCCGGCCCAGUAUGUCACUCAGCUCCAGCAGUCGACAUUUGUGACUUUAGCGAGUAGCUCGGGUUUCACCGCCCCCAGCUCCAUCCAGACGCAAGCCAGACUUCCUCUGAAUGGUUUAUCUCCAUCAGAGACGACCUCUAGACCACGAAAGCCUUGCAACUGCACCAAGUCACAAUGCCUCAAACUGUAUUGUGACUGUUUUGCAAAUGGAGAGUUUUGCAACAACUGCAACUGUGUGAAUUGCUUCAACAACCUUGACCAUGAGAGUGAUCGCCUUAAAGCCAUUAAGGCUUGUUUGGACAGAAACCCAGUGGCCUUCAAACCGAAGAUUGGGAAAGGGAAAGAAGGAGAAUCCGAGAGGAGACACAGUAAAGGCUGCAACUGUAAAAAGUCGGGGUGUUUAAAAAAUUAUUGCGAGUGUUACGAGGCGAAGAUCAUGUGCUCGUCAAACUGUAAGUGUGUGGGCUGUAAGAACUUUGAGGAGAGUCCUGAGAGGAAGACUCUGAUGCACUUGGCCGAUGCGGCGGAGGUGCGAGUGCAACAGCAAACUGCAGCUAAAACCAAACUGUCCUCUCAGAUCCUAGAGCUGCUGCCCAGAACCACACCGGCCCUCAGCAGCAGCGGGGGAAAGUUGCCGUACACAUUUGUAACGAAGGAGGUUGCCGAGGCGACGUGUGACUGUCUCCUGGAGCAGGCGAGGAAGGCGGAGCGUUAUAACCAGCCCCAGGCGGUGGCAGAGAGACUGAUCCUGGAGGAGUUUGGUCACUGUCUGCGCAGAAUCAUCAGCUCUGCUGCUAAAGCAAAGACGGACUGCUCCAUCAACUGCUAGAACCUCACGCACUGCACUUCUGGGAAGGGCUUCAGUGGGGAACUGAUCCUGGAUCAGAUUUACAGACUUCCUGGAACACACUCGGCGUGACUUCCAGGAUGGAGCUCAUGCUUUUGUACAGAGUGAGACUUCUAUUAGCUGACGUGUGUGUGUGUGUGUGUGUGUGUGUGGAUAAGUAAAGUGGACACAGAGACAAACUUUAUAAAAUGAGAACUGCAGUUGCUGCCAGCCUCCUCUGCAUUGUGCGCGCGCACAUGCUUGUACAGGUUACUUGUGUAGAGAAUUGAUUUUAGUUAUUUUUAUGCUCAUUAGCCUUUUCAUUUUAAACCCACCAUCUCAUUUUAAUUUUUUUUCUCCCUCUGUGCUGUCUUCUCGUCUCCUCUUGCUGUUUAUUUACCGCUAAUAACCUCAGCUACAAUAAUCAUGACUUGUAUACAGUAUGUAGCCUUUACUGUAGCCUCUUCAUUAUGCAUCAGUAUUUAUUUACUAAUUACAGGAGUUCCUGAGAGGACGUGGAGUCGGCUUCACUCUCAUGUCUGCUUUGUACGAUUUGAGUUCCUACUGAUGUGAAGGAAGGUUAAAGCAUUAUUACUAAACCCUGCUCCUCUCUUUCA